UCUAUCAAUUCUAAAUUUAGUAGUGACGCUUUACUGACGACCUAAAUAACAACUUUGCUUAAUCAUAUCAUUCUACGGGUAUUUUGAGAUGGCAGAGCUUGCAUUGUCUCCUGAUUUCGGAUUCGUAAUCCUUGUGAUCGUUGCAUCAAUUUUUCUGUUGCAAUGGCUAGGGAUUCAAGUCGUUAUGGCGAGGAAGAAGUAUGAUGUUCGCUACCCAAAAUUAUAUAGCCCCACUGAUGACCGUUUCAACUGUGUACAGAGAGCUCAUCAGAACACGUUGGAAGUGUUUCCAACAUACCUAGUGCUACAGAUAUUUGGAGGCCUAUAUGCACCGAAACUGGGAGCUGUCGCUGGCUUGAUCUGGAUAGCUGGACGUGUGGUCUACGCAAUGGGCUAUUAUACUGGAGACCCAGAGAAAAGGAAUAGGGGCGCCUUCGCAUACAUUGGCCUGCUGACUUUGCUGGUCUGUACAGUGUUAUUUGGCCUGUCUCUUCUUGGUUUCUUCUAAUCCAACAUCAAAACAUCCACUUUAGAGACGAGGAAUUCAUCUGCUUAUUGAAAAAAGUGGAUUCCUAUGGUUAUUUCUGCCAUCGAUCACCAUCACUAGGAGAAUUACCUCCGUCAUAAUGUAUAUAUACACAAUUCAUACAUGUUAAUCAGGAACAGAAUUAAUUUGUUAUAUAUAUAUAUAUAUAUAUAUAUGGAUUUUUUUAAUGAUCUCUGUUAUUAAAAUGCAAUUGACAUGAAUCUGUAAGAAACUGAUAUACCAGAGUUAUUUCCCUUGUGUCGUUACUGUCAUCUUUAUCCUAACAACCUUAAAAUGAUGCAAUGGAAAGAUACAAGUGUAUCAUGACUGUUCACUCUUCAUUUGGUCUAAUCAACCACUCAAACAUUUUUAACCAAUAAAUGUUGGAUACAUCCAAUCAUAAUUUUCCAUCAUAAUUUCUCAUCCUGGUUUGUACAUCAUAGACGUGAAGAUAUGUUUUCAUGUCAACAAAAGUGCCAUUUAUAAUUCUGGACAAUGUUCUUAUACAUACGAUGUUAAAAAUGCAAUAAUAGCAUUAAUUAUGGUUUCCUUGUUGUGUUUAUUUGAUUAGAUUACAGUGACCCUGUAUGAUAAAAACUUUGGACUGUUCCCGUGAUUAAUGGAUAUGUAAUUAAAAAAAGAACAAAAUCACAGGAUGGUCAAAAAAAUAUAUCAAUAUUCCAAUUUAUUGCCCUUUUAAAACUUAAUAAAGAAAUAUGAUAAAAUUAAA